AUGGAUAACAGUAACCAGGCCUCCACAAACUACCGCGAAGCUUUCCAGCUCUUCGACAAGCGCGGCAACGGCCGUGUCGACCGCGGUGCACUGGGCGACCUCCUCCGCGCAUGUGGCCAAAACCCUACACUGGCUGAAAUCGCCGACCUCGAGCGUGGUGUUGGUGCAGACUUCGACUUCGACACCUUCUCCAAGAUCCUCAACCGCCCCGGCGGCUUCCGCGAACCCUUUGACAUCGAAGAGUACAUCCGUGGCUUCCAGGUAUUCGACAAGGAUAGGAGUGGCUUCGUCGGCAAGGGUCAGAUCAAGUACAUUCUGACCAACUUGGGCGAGAAGAUGAGCGAGGAGGAGGUCGAUGAGCUGUUCAAGAGCACCAUCGAUGCUAGCAAUAACGAGGUGGACUACAGGGAGUUCGUCAAGACGAUUGCGGAGAACUAG